UACACUAUGACUAGUAUCAUCAUCAUCAUCUUAACCUACUUUAACAUUUACCUUCAGGCCUAUUUAAAAGACUUUUUUUUUCUCUUUUCUUUCUGCAGGUGGUGUUUGGUCACUAAGCCAUGUGCCUAGGUGAAAGUGACUCCUUUCUCCACGGCUCUGCACCCCCAGCAGCGCUCACCACACCCUUGUUUGCAGAGCCUCACUGAGUCGGUGCAGCAGCUCCCCAGACGGGUGUCCGAGAGCCACCGGACCAGAUACCUCCUGAGGCCCCUGCAACUCCAGCAUCCUCCCUUGCCGGCGUCCAGCCAUGGGGGAUAUGAAAACUCCAGAUUUUGAUGACCUUCUGGCCGCCUUUGACAUCCCAGACCCCACCAGCCUCGAUGCCAAGGAGGCAAUCCAGACCCCCAGCGAGGAGAAUGAGAAUCCCCUCAAGCCUCCGGGCAUGUGCAUGGAUGAGGGCGUGUCCUUGUCUCACUCGGGGUCGUCCUCAGACGUGCCCGCCGUGAGUGUCAUUGUCAAGAACACCAGCCGCCAGGAGUCCUUCGAAGCGGAGAAAGACCACAUCGCUCCCAGCCUCCUGCACAAUGGGUUCCGAGGCCCGGACCUGCCUCCGGAGCCCCACGGCCUGGGCCACAACUGUGGGAAGUUUGACUCCGCUUUCAUGAAUGGAGACAGUGCCAGGAGUUUCCCGGGCAAGCUGGAGCCUUGCAAGUCAGAGCCACUCCCCACCUUCAGCCAGUUCAGUCCAAUCUCCAGCCCAGAGUCCGAGGAUGCCAUCAAAGAUAACGGCUUCGGGCUGAAGCCCAAGCACUCCGACAGCUACUUCGCACCCCCUCCCGGGUGCGGGCCUGUCGGGGGCCCAGUCCUGGAGGCUCUGGCUAAGUUUCCGGUCCCGGAGCUGCAUAUCUUCGAUCACUUUUGCAAGAAAGAGCCCAAGCCCGAGCCCCUGCCCUUGGGGAGCCAGCAGGAACAUGAGCGAGGGGCGCAGAAGGCGGCGGAGCCUCACAAGGAUCUGGAUGCCAGUCCCUUCUUUGGGGACGCCUUGGACUUCAACAGCCACCCCAGCGACAGUAUUGCAGAGCCCAAGGGGCUCGCCGCCGAGCUCGGCUCCUGCUCCUCAGUGCCCCCGCGGCAGCGACUUAAGCCGGCGCAUUCCAAGCUGUCCUCUUGCGUGGCAGCCUUGGUGGCCCUGCAGGCCAAAAGGGUCGCCAGUGUCGCCAAGGAGGACCAUCCUGGCCACACCAAGGACCCCUCAGGGCCCACGAAAGAGGGCUCCAAAGGCAGCCCCAAAAUGCCCAAGUCACCAAAGAGCCCCCGGAGCCCCCUGGAGGCGACUAGAAAAAGUACGAAGCCGCCGGACAGCCCCCGGAGCAUCUGCAGCGACAGCAGCAGCAAGGGCUCCCCUUCGGUGGCCGCCAGCUCCCCGCCAGCCAUUCCCAGAGUCAGGAUCAAAACCAUUAAGACGUCAUCGGGGCAGAUCAAACGGACUGUCACAAGGAUCCUGCCGGACCCAGACGAUCCCACUAAGUCCCCUGCUGGCUCACCGCUAGGGAGUGCCGCUGCCGAGGCCCCGGGCGAGGUGCCGGAGGACGAGGUCGCUGCCCUGCCUGCCCCCGAGCCCUUUCCUGAGGGGGACACAAAUGCAGGGAGCCCCCAGGGCGACAGGAAAGGGCUUGAGAGCGUGACCAAGGCCAGUGAACCUUCGUCUCCAAGCUGUGGCUCUGGGUCCCGGGCCCCGAAGGGGGCCGCCCCGGGCCCCCAGGCGGGCAAGAAGCAGCAGCAGAGCACCGCACCGCAGGCGUCCGCCCCGGCCUCUGCCAACCUCCUGCCCAAAGCCGUGCACCUGGCCAACCUGAACCUGGUCCCCCACAGCGUGGCCGCCUCAGUGACGGCCAAGUCCUCCGCGCAGAGGCGGAGCCAGCCACAGCCCACACAGAUGUCCGUGCCCCUGGUCCACCAGGUGAAGAAGGCCGCCCCGCUGGUCGUGGAGGUCUUCAACAAGGUCCUCCACAGCUCCAACCCCGUGCCCCUCUACGCGCCCAAUCUCAGCCCGCCUGCGGACAGCAGGAUCCACGUGCCCGCCAGUGGGUACUGCUGCCUGGAGUGUGGGGACGCGUUUGCCUUAGAGAAGAGCCUGAGCCAGCACUACAGCCGGCGGAGCGUCCACAUCGAGGUGCUGUGCACGCUCUGCUCCCAGACGCUGCUCUUCUUCAACAAGUGCAGCCUGCUGCGGCACGCCCGCGACCACAAGAGCAAGGGGCUGGUCAUGCAGUGCUCGCAGCUGCUCGUCAAGCCCAUCUCCGCGGACCAGAUGUUCGUGGCGGUCCCCGUGAACUCCUCGGCCUCGGACAGUGCCAGCUCCACCGUUCCAGCUUUGCCGCUCUACCCAGACCCCGUGAGGCUCAUCCGGCACGGGGUCAAGUGUCUCGAAUGUCACAAGCAGAUACGCGACCACACGGUCAUGGCGGCACAUUUCCAGAGGCUGACGGAGAAAACCGAGGGGCUGACGUGCCCGGUGUGCCAGAUGCUGCUGCCCAACCAGUGCAGUUUCUGUGCUCACCAGCGGAUCCACACACACAAGUCCCCGUACUGCUGUCCAGAGUGUGGCGUCCUCUGUCGCUCCGCCUACUUCCAGACCCACGUGAAGGAGAACUGCCUGCACUAUGCCCGCAAGGUGGGCUACAGGUGCAUCCACUGCGGGGUCGUCCACUUGUCCUUGGCCUUGCUGAAAAGCCACAUCCAGGAGAAACACUGCCAGGUUUUCCACAAAUGUGCUUUCUGCCCCAUGGCCUUCAAGACUGCCAGCAGCACCGCAGACCACAGCGCCUCCCAGCACCCCACCCAGCCCCACAAACCCUCCCAGCUCAUGUACAAGUGCUCCUGCGAGAUGAUCUUCAACAAGAAGAGGCACAUGCAGCAGCAUUUUUACCAGAAUGCCAGCCAGGCACAGGUGGGCAUCUUCAAGUGCCCCGAGUGCCCGCUCUUGUUCCCGCAGAAGCCGGAGCUGAUGCAGCACGUCAAGAGCACGCACGGUGUUCCCCGAAACGUGGAAGAGCUGUCAAGCCUCCAGUCUUCAGCAGACACGUCCUCCAGCCGCCCUGGUUCUCGAGUUUCCACGGAGCCCCCGGCCACGAACGUGGCUGCUCGGGGCAGAACUGCCCAUCGCAGGGCUGAGGGCAAGCCCCGGCUGAGGAGCACCGGCUGGACCUGCCAGGAGUGCCAGGAGUGGGUUCCUGACCGGGAGAGCUACGUGGCCCACAUGAAAAAGAGCCACGGCCGGACACUGAAGCGGUACCCGUGUCGGCAGUGUGAGCAGUCCUUCCACACCCCCAGCAGCCUGCGCAAACACAUCCGCAACAACCACGACACCGUCAAGAAAGUCUACACGUGUGGGUAUUGCACGGAGGACAGCCCCAGCUUCCCGCGGCCCUCCCUCCUGGAGAGCCACAUCAGCCUUAUGCAUGGCAUCAGAAACCCUGAUUUGAGCCAGACGUCCAAAGUCAGACCUCCGGGUGGACAUUCCCCUCAGGUGAACCAUCUGAAGAGACGGGUCAGCGGGGCGGAGGAUGCUCCCGGCACCGACAACGGCGAGGCCUGCGCCUCCGUCAAGAGGCACAAGUCCCUUUUCCAGUGCGCGAAAUGCAGCUUUGCCACAGACUCGGGGAUCGAGUUUCAGAGCCACAUACCUCAGCACCAGGCGGACAGCUCCACGGCCCAGUGUCCCUUCUGUGGCUUGUGCUACACCUCCAGCAGCUCCCUCAGCCGCCACCUCUUCAUCGUCCACAAGGUGAGAGACCAGGAGGACGAGGAGGAGGCGGCCGAGGCGGCAGAGGAGGCAGCAGAGCCGGAAGAAGGCUCUGGGGAGGAGGUAUCCGUGGAGACCAGGGAAAACGGACUGGAAGAAUGUACUGGCGAGCCUUUGUCAGGUGACCCAGAGGCCAGGAGGUCACCGGGCCCGGCCCCUGAGGAGGACGUUGUCCGAGACGCUCAGAGUCAACCGCUGGCCUCUCAGGACCAGGACAGCCACGCACCGUCCCCUCAGGUGUGACCGGAGGUCGGGUGGUGCUGUGGGUGCUGCACCUGCCGUGUGGACAGUGGAAAAUAGAAGGCUCUGCCCGGUGUGCGUGGCAAGCUGUGCCCUGGAGCCGUGCCUGCCCUGAGCUGCGGGGAGUUGGGUGUGCCCCGGCCCCAGGAGCUGUGGGGUCGCCCGGGACCCUCACAGAUCUGAAUUCUGUUAUUUAUGGCUUUGUGCUGCUUCUCAGUCCCCAACUCCUGUCUGUAUCCCUCCAGCCCCAGUGCUGUCCACUCCGCUUGAAACCCUUGGCGGCUGUGCUCUUCCGGGUGGCUCCCCACUGCUGCCUUCAGCCAGGGGACUCCUCCGAGCUCUCUGGGCGGACAGAGCCUGAGAAGGGGGUUUGAGGGGGGCUGGCGCAGUUCCUGUUGGGGAGCUCUGCCCAGCCUGGCCUGACAAAGGCCUCGGCCACCUUGCCUGUCCUUCCUACCUUCUCUGGUUCUUUCCCCCAGAGUUGUCCCGGAGAACUGGCUGUCCCGCUGGCUCUCUGCGUGAGCGGGAGAAACUUCUGCAGCACCCCUGGCUGGGGCCCGGGGAGCAGCAGUGCGGCCAGGCAGGCAGGCAGGCGGGCAGGCGCCGAGGGCAGACCCUUCAGAAGGAGUGUGCGCCUCGUCCGCCCUGCCUCUCCAGACCAGGGGGCUUGGGGCCCACAGACGUUGGGGUAUUUGUAUUCUUGCUCCUGUGCCAUUAGAGAGGCUGCUGCCCCAGGCAGGCCAGCCCCUCCUCCUCCUGGCUACACUCAUGUUGCUCAGACUAUAUUUCAAAUAAAAAUAUUCUUCUUACCAUGCA